GUUGAAGUAAUACAUGGCAUCUACUCCAGCAAUUCAGAAAAAUAAAGAGACUAAACAACAGAAUGAAGGAACAAUUACAUCUAGAUUGAAAUCCAAUCUUACUAGAGUUGCAGGUAAGCCUCGAGUAUCAAAGCCUCCUAAAGAAAAAGGCAUUAACAAGUCUUUGGUAGUGAAGUUCCAAACUGAAAAGGUUACCAAGAAGAGAAGUGGUUCUACUAGACCUAAGACUAAAGAUUUAUCUUCUUGCACAAAUGUUCCAUCUUCAAAGAAUCUGGAACAACCUAGGAAGAUUCAGAAGAUUCAGAGUUCUUUGGGUGGACCCUCUUCUGAUAAAGUUGGCAAGGGAAAGGAGAAAGAGAACCCUACACUUUCACAGAAACCACAAGUUUACAAGAAACCAGUAAAUGAAAAACCCAAACACCAUAUUCGAUGGGAAGGCAUUGAUGAAACAAGUACAUGUUAUACUUGUGUGUUGUGUGGGAAAGAUUUAGAAGAGGAAGAGGAAGAGGAAGAUUCAAUUCAAGAUGGAGAAGAUGAGCUACAACAUUAUUUAUUCUCUUCCCAAGGAAGAGAAGAUUUGAGUAGUACUGUUUUAUCUGAAGUUGCUAUUCUUCCAUGCAGUCAUAUAUUCCACGAGACAUGUUUAUCUGCUUUGCCCCUAACUACUAUCACUGAUCCUCCAUGCCCUAUAUGUCUUAGUAUGUCCUGAAUUGAUUUUCACUUAUACUAUUCCUAUGAAGCAUGGAUACGGACACCAGACACUGACACGCCGACACAACUAAUAAUUUAAAAAAAUCACUUAAUGCAUUGUAAUUACAAGUGUCGGUGCGUGUCCGACACAUGGACAUGCCUAAUCCGAGGAGUGCUCAUGCUUCAUAAUACGGUAUAUUCUAAUGGACCUAUCUUAGAUGAUCAUUACACUUAUUCCAUUUAGUUUAG